CGGCGGCGGCGGAGCGAUGCCGGGGGGCCCGGCGCGGCGGGGCGAGCCCGCGGGGCCAUGAGGGCGGGCUCCCGGCCAUGGCCCAUGGCAGCGCCGCGGUCAUGCUCAAGUGCGUGGUGGUGGGGGACGGGGCCGUGGGCAAGACCUGCCUGCUCAUCAGCUACACCAACGACGCCUUCCCCGAGGAGUACGUGCCCACCGUGUUUGAUCACUAUGCAGGUGAGCGGGGCGGGGGGCGGCGGCGCGGAGCGGCUCGCUUCGGCUCGGCUGCGCUCCCCAGCACCCCACCUCCUCCGCCCGACCUUGCCCCGCCGGGGCCUCACCCGGUUUGUUUCUCCCUCCUCGCAGUCAGCGUCACCGUGGAGGGCAAGCAGUACCUGCUGGGGCUCUACGACACCGCCGGGCAGGAAGACUAUGAUCGUCUGAGACCUUUAUCUUAUCCUAUGACCGAUGUCUUCCUUAUCUGCUUCUCAGUGGUAAACCCCGCUUCAUUUCAAAAUGUGAAGGAAGAAUGGGUACCGGAGUUGAAGGAAUAUGCACCUAAUGUUCCUUUUUUACUAGUAGGAACACAGAUUGAUCUUCGUGAUGACCCCAAAACUCUGGCGAGAUUGAAUGAUAUGAAAGAGAAGCCUUUAUCUGUGGAACAAGGACAGAAAUUAGCAAAAGAGAUAGGAGCCUACUGCUACGUGGAGUGUUCAGCUUUAACACAGAAAGGACUGAAGGCUGUUUUUGAUGAAGCUAUUAUAGCCAUUCUAACUCCAAAGAAACACACGGUGAAGAAGAGAAUAGGCUCGAGAUGCAUAAACUGCUGUUUGAUCACGUGAGACACAUUUGACAAUGGCCAGGCUUACUGUGAAAAUUCUACUGAAUUUAAAUACAAUGCGUUAAGUACACAACAAACUUGUUUGAAAGCUAAAAUAACGAUUCUGCCUUCUACAACCGGUGAAAUCCAGAGGAAUACAAUCAAAAUCAAUGAACUUUGUAAUAAGAAGCCACCACAUCUGUUACAAAUGUUUUAUUCAGACUGGAAGGUACAAUCUCUCAGGGUUACAUAGUCUAGAGGAAGCAAAAACUGCACCAUGUUGAAGCAGCAUCUGUACGAUGCUAUUGAGUGGAGGUGCUUGGCCUGUAAUGCUUUAAAUGAAUUUGGAUAGUCGUCUGCUUUGACUACACAUAUACAUAUAUAUCUAAAGGAAAAAAAACAGAAAAACAAACGAAAAACAACAACAAAAAAGAAAAAAAACUUCUGCACAGUCUGUAUGGAAUCUGCACAAAGAAAUACCUUGUCUCUCUUUGCGCCAGUUAUCUGCUUUUGUAUGUAAGCUGCUUCCGGUUCCAGUGUAUCCACAGAGGUGCAAUAAUCAGACCAGCCAUAUAGCCAAAGGUAGCUCCGAGGGAACAUGAAAUGGGCCAUACCUGAGGGGAGAACACAAGGGAAAAGCAGACAAUGAGGAAAAGGUUUGUGUUUUUUGUACUUUGUGAGCACAAAUUCUCAGUGUAAUCUAGGUACCGAAAGACAGUGGAGUCUUAUUCUACUUUAAAGCUUGACGUGCUUUCCUAAAAAUGCCACAAGUAUAACAAUCAUACGCGCAUCUUCAUGAACACUAAAUGCUGCGGUACGGUUUUGUUAUUUUUUAUAUUUAAUACGUAUUAAAAUGUAACCGGGCUUCUGGCUGUUGCAGACCUUAGUUUGAUAUUCCCAAAACUACGUGAAAAACUUAACAGCAUUUAUAUCCCCUGAGAUGUUCAGCUGACUUAGUGUCCUCCUGCCUACACACAUCUUAAAACAUACAGGUGUUGUUUUUUUUUUUGUGACAGUUAGACUUGAAGGUCUUUGUAGGCCCCUUCCAAGUGAAACUAUUCUAUUCUACGUCUGCCUUUUCCUAUUUUUCCUUCCAGUCUUUCAUGGCAUUCUGAAACUUUCAGAGGUGUGUCUAAGUAACCUAAUAAUCCAGUAAGGCCAGAGACUGAGAUUAAAAGAGGGGUUGUUUUCUUUUUAAGGCUUGAAAAGUAGGCAGAGGGAUGAAUUCCCCUCUGGCUGGAAGAAAGAAGCAAACUUAAGGCUGGAAACUGACUGAACAUCUUGCACCCAGUUCAGGAAAAAUAUAAUAAGCCAGUUAUUUUGAAGACUCCAAGAGAGCUUUCAUUGUAGGUCCUGUUUCCUAACAGAAGAACAGGGAACUGAGUCAAUACAGCUGACUCACUUACACAAAGCAUCUAGUAUUAAGGCAAAGAAGUAAAGGAAUCCUUCCCCCCACCACGGUCAAACUGGUAUUGAUUUUCAGGGAGGAUGGUCCAAAGCAAAACUUUAACCAUUCUGUACUUAGAUGUAGCAUAUUAAAGUCAAUUGCGACUUGCAUUUGAUGAAGGUCCCAACUAAGUUGGUGAUUAAAAAUAUUUAUUGUAGAAUAAACUGAAUUCCCACCUCUCUUCACAAUUCUCCUUUGUAUAUUGCAGGGACAAUUUUGCACAUCCUGCUGUACAGUCCCUAAGCUAGUACAGACUGCACUGUCCUAUUCUUUGUUUUUUAAAUUAAGGGGGAUAUUCCCCCUUCUAUAGUACUUGAGACUGAGAAAUGCACUAGACAUUAAAGAAAAUAUCCACAUCUCAGUGUCCAGCCUUUUUUCCUACUUCAUUUUGACUGGCAACUCAUGAGAAUCUAAUGAACUUACUCUUAACGGUACUGGUUUCUCCUUCCUCUCAUUUAUCACAGGGAGAAAUAGAUUUAUUCACAUCCUUCAAGCAUGGGAAUUUUAACUAGAAAUAAGAGUAACUUAUUUUUGUCCUCUGCUGUUUCAUCUUCACAUUCCUUAGCAUUUGCAGUUUUAUAUAUUAUUUGGAGGUCUUAAGGAGUGUAGCAAAGAUGACUAUAAACAAGGUGCCUUAGGUACUCUUUAUUGACCUUGUUUCAUCCUUCCAUUUCCAAACGUUGUAUCUCUGCUACUUGGUUUUGUUGCUAGAAUGUUUUGGCUGCUGCCUCUCAAACCAAAGACUUGUUUGUUUCUAUUCAGUUAACAGUGGCGUUGUAGAUCUUCUAUAUAAAGCCUUGAGAUGCUUUGGCGCAGUAGGAUAUUAUGUAUAUUUAAAACUCACAUGACUUUGUGGCCUUGGCUGAACCUAUGCUUCAGGUAGAUCUUUUGGACUUUUAAAAGAAAUGUAAUCAAGUUAUUUCUAACGUUUUGCAGGCUAUUUUAAGUGUCUAAAGGACAAAAGCAAAAAAAGUCCCCCAGACCUCAGCUACUUGGUAACGUUCAGUGGAAACAGCAGUCAGACUUUCUUAUCCACUGGUUAAAGUCAAAUACUAUUCUAACAAAACUAAUGAGAGAAACUUCAUAACUCUGCAGUCUUCUUUUGCAUCAAAUUCUCUGUGAGCGAUCAACGAUCCUUCGUUAAAUUUUACCUACAUUAGGUGAAUCUAUUGUAGCCAAAUUGCUUUUCAGAAGUAUGAGCAGAUGUCAGACUCUGAAUUUUUCAUGUUCCCUUAACCAGUAAGGUCAAUAUCUCUGCUGACCCGUUCACUAUGUAUUUUUUGGUAUUCUGUGUAUAGUGAGCAAUUGUUGAAACCAUUAAAAUGAUCUCUGUUGAUUGCUGUACCUUUUUUGCCUGAUUGAAUCACAACUUAGAGCUCAGUUUCUCAACAGUUUUCCUGAACUAUGUAACUUAAUAUUGCUGAUACCUCUGUCUGCCCUCCAAGACAUUCAGUUUUUGCUUUGAUUUUUAAAAAAAUCAGUGUUAUCUCGCGAGCAUUCAGGCUGUCGUACCACAUGACCUGAAAUCCAUCCCUCACCCAUGGCAGACAUCAAAGGUAAGGGGCAAAACCGUACAAUGCUCCAUCUCAUUAACUGUGAUAGAAAAAAACACCUCUAGUGGCAUAGAAGAGUACCAUAGAAAAAACAAACGUUACCAGAUGCCUUAUUGUUAUUGGCCUAUGUGUCUUAUGCUGGUCAGACGGCCCAAAGCAGUUGUGAAGUCACUUUGGCCUUUCAAAAACUCCCUAAGCACAGGAGCUACAAGCCUGGACAUAAGAGAGUAGUUGUCCUUAUGAGGACAACUAUGAGUUUGUUGAGUUGACCUCUCAAGGCAGGUCAAAACAAUAAACAAGUAAUGGUGCAAGCUCUGUAACUUUUAUUCUUGACCAUUGCCACACAGCCAGAUGCACCCAAGAAACAAAUCAAAGAAAUAUUAAUAUGUGGUUCCUAAGCUCAUCAGCUGCUGAAAUAACAGCCCUGUGUAUGCUUCACAGUCUGUGGUAAAUGUACUGCAUUGCGCUGACCAAAGAAAGCAGCCUGCUUUCUUUUUCAUUAGGUGCUGGCCUUGUGUUUCUGAGGUACAGUCACUUUCUGAUGAACCUUUUUAAAUGAAAUUGACUUCCUUGAUCAAUCUACUUUUGCCCUGUCUUCCAUGUUUUCUCUUAAACUUGGUUUGGCAUUCCUGACUUAGUACCGACUGAUAAAAAUCUAAGCAGCUGAUAGACAUCUGCCAAUUGUAAGAGAUUCCAUCCAUCCCACUUGUUAAAAGUACCCAACUUGUAUUGUAUUCCUUUCACUUUCUGAAAACUGCUCAGCUCAGUUUCUCCUCCUUUGUGCUCCUUUCUGCCAUGAGGAAGCUGAUAUAACCUAUUCCAGCACUGAUGUCAUGCUUGGGGUGGAGUACAUGGGUCAGCAGCAGGAAAAUAAGAUGUUAGGCAAUGUUACCUAACUGCAGUUUUUUGAGGGAGAGGAAGUUGAUCUGCAGAGAAAAAUAUGGAGAGUGUAGGAGGCAGGACAGAACAUUCUUCAGGAAACUGUUGUGAAAUACCUUGUGCAUCCCAGCAGCUGGGAAGCACCUGCUACCAUCCUCACAGCCUAAUAUAAAAACAGUCAGCGUAUGUACCAAAUGCAUGUGGAAACAGACUAGUCCUAACAAUGUGUAUUUGAUUGCUAAGAAUCUGAAUAGCAGCUCGGCAACAACAAAUCCCACCUGCAUGCUUAGCAAGUACAGAAAACAAAUUUCAAGGGAUAGAGCAGAAGCCAGUGGUUAAUGGAAAGCAACCCUGACUUCUGCUUUCAAUUUUCUUCAUGCCUUGUUCUUUUAACCUGGCAGUGCUGAUAGGACUUCACAGGAAUUUUUUUAGGCUGGCUUAACAGACACUGUGAGGUCUCACAGAAACCUCACAGAUCUGAGGUUUCUAGUCUAAGAAAGUCUAAGAACUUAUUCUAAGAAUGAGAAAAGGAGUUGCCAGCCUUUCAGGAAAUAAAUGAGCUUGUUUCCUAAGUGCUCUUUAGAACACCUACGAGCUGACUUGAGAAUACUUAAUGUCUUGCAUGGAAAGAGAUCCUUGCUCUGCUAUAUUACACAUGUAGCUAGUUAAAGCAGAUUUCUGGCCGCAUGACAGUUUUGUCCUCUACUAUGAGUCCGCAACAUGCAGUAGGAAGCAUGUUGGUACUGAUAAUGACAUAAAGGUCAGAUUCUUACAGAGCAGAGCAGAGCAGUAAAAGCCUAAUAAAGGCUUUAAGGGGUAAAGUAAGCAUAUGACUGCUGGUACAAACAGAGUGGGGUAAUCUACUGCAUUUAUUCUUUAAAUAAAUAAACAAACAGACCGGUCCCAUUCUGCAGAUAAGUGCUUUUCUCAUAUGCCUACACUAGGAUUUUUUUGUAUUAUUAUUUCCAAAGAUCCAUUUCUGGCUGUCAAUUAGAAAGCUGUGUAAGAUUUUUAUUUCACUUAAGAACCGAAUAAAUGAACAUAAUGAUUUUCCCUCUG